AUUUUCGAUCGUGAGGAGAAACGAGGUGGUCGACCUCGACGUAUGCAUCCUCCGUAAAAGCAGGAGGCCAGAUCGGUGAGGGACGGCGAUUUCGUGCAACAUGCAGAGCCGUGUCUGUGCACCGAGAGUUUUUCGGGCAUUCGUCAGCGAAUCGGAAGGAAUUCCAUUGAUCAUGCGGAGCACCUUUGUCUUUUACUUUUUGAAAGGAAAAGGCAAAUUUUUGUCGAUAUCCCUGCACAGUUAGUUGAUAGAGGUAAUUGGUAAUUCCUUGUGCACCCAGGAAUUGAAUUGACCAAUCAGACUUCGGCAAAAAAAUGUUCGGUCCAAGGACCCGCAGCCACCAGCCGACGGGGGCAUCCGUUUCGGGUAGUGAGUUUCUGCGACAGAAAAACGAUCUGUCUCAUUCGGUCUCGGCAAACAACCUCCGACAUCCGGUACCGCUUGGCCUCACGGGUGAACUGCGAGUGCACGAAAAGAAAGAGGUGGAGUUCACCAAACGAAGAAUACCGCUCUGCUUUCGCAGUCAUCGAGAUCUGGCUGGCUGCUUCGAACACAAUGCAGAAUUAUUCGAACCUAGGGUAAGAAGUACUGAUCUUUUGGAAGUGUGGUCUGCCUACUGCGAUCUCAUUUUUGUUUGUACACACCCGAACCCACUGGUCGUCCCGCCUAGAGACGGAAGUGUGAUUCUGGAUGCUUUUACGUCGAAUUACUUAGUUUGAAGAUGAAGAAUAUCGGAACCGAAAUCAGGUAAACGUCCGGAAUGAAACAGACAUGUUCUGGGACGAAAGUCUGCAGGAUAAUGUGGAAAUGUGGUACCCGCUUGACCAGAGGCCAUCCUGGGUUAAGUCAAAAGCCUACCAAAGGUAGCACGGUGAAAGUGCAUUUUUCUUCUUCAUCAAGAUCAAUGUAUGCAUAUCGCUAUCCCUAUGCUAAGCCUAAUGGCAAAGAUUGAAGUAGGUUUCGUGCCCCUUACUUCUCAGGUUCCUCUUUCACUGAUUUUCUCCAUUACAACACCAUGAUAUCGUCUCGUACAUCAAAGCAAACCUAAACCACUGAACAGACGACAGUUGAUGGGGCGGCGAAGGCAAAAAGAAGAGAUCGACUUCACGGACACGCUGGAGACGGUGCGCGCGCAACCCGCGGCUGGCAGCGUGGUACCCUCGGGCAAGUAUCCUAACUCCUUCGACUUUUCGGGCGGUAAGUCGCUCCAGGACCGAUUCUUUACCAAACAGAACUACCUGGAUGUCCCUACCGCGCCGGGGAGUAUCAAAUGAACCGCUAAACAUUUACCUCAACAGAAUUAAUGCUGGUUUCAAAUGCACCAUGGAUGACCUCUGAGCACCCAAUUACAAAAAACAUAUUUAUAAAAACGAAAGCAAGACCAUGAUCUUGUCAGGCAUUUUGCCCGAGAAAGUAAAAGUAUUAGAGAAAACAACGGAACUCUCAACCUCCGAAUUCAACAAUGCAAAAGUAAAUGUUACUUAGGCCCGGCAAAAACCACGCACACGGAAGAUUGGGCAAAAGCAUCAGUAGCCACCUGCUAUGAAAUCAAAGAGCUUUGAAUCGUUUCUCGCAACAAACCUUGAAAAACCUUCUUAACCUGCAGUAGAGAACCUUGACUCACUUUGUUUCUGUUUCAUUGACUUACUUUCAGAAUCGACACAAUGACAAUGAGAAUAGCAAUACCGAAUGCCAAUCUGGGAAAAAGACGCAACGAACCGGAGAAGGGCUGACAUUGGGCAGCCAACUCCGUAGUAGACAGAGAGCUUUUGAACUUUGAUGUAGCUUUGCUUGGCAAAAUUAAUUCUCUUCUUGAGAAUUCUUAAAUUCGUGCUAUGGAAAAAGAAAUACCUUCUUGUGUUACUAAGUUUCGUGUAUGUCAGGAGGAUACUUAUUGUUCUCUGUCGUGAUUGCC